GCUGCAGCAAGCGGGAGCUUCCGGGGCUAAAAGUGGUUGACAUCAAUCAAAUUCAAAUCUCGACGCCACUCGAGAAGUGAAGACUUUUUCUUCCGAUUCGGUUACGUUUGCUCUCUGGCUAACGUCUUCUUCUUCAGAUGAGCUCUCAAGCUCUUUCGUUUUUGAUUUCCGUGGUGUUUUUGCAAUUUGGUCCCUUUAAUUUAAACAUUUUCUAGAUUCAGUAUCAUAUAUGUUUUUUCUUACAUAUUAAUCCAUUGAAUAUAUCAGUGGGCCCAUUACGAAAUAAAAAGUAUGGGCCCAAUAAACCACGUGACUUGAUGCCGAUCCGAUCUUCGCGCUCUCGGUUUGCUUCUUCCACCCUCACAGUGGCCCGAUUAAUACUACUACAUUUUUUCUGCGCUCUUUCGUAAACAAAUCUGCCAUUGUUGACCCAAAAAAGAAAUAAAAAUUCCAAAUCUGUGUUCAGUCGUCGUUGAUACAAAUCUAUAAGCGGGGAGAGACUAUUCCAAACCCUGGAUCUAACCCCAGCCGUCAGAUUCAGAUCAAAUGGGGAGAUCUCUUCUGAACCGUUGGAAUCUAGGGAGACAGCAAUGGUGGAGGUAGAAGAGUCGCAUUUGUAGGGGAUAAUAUACAGAAGAGUCGUGAAAUAUUAUUCUCUCAUCUUGAUGGCCACUUUUCUCUAGCUAUAUUUUUCUUUUUGUUAUUACGGUGGUGGUGGUGAUGUGUGAUUUGGUCGCGCGUACGGGUCGGCUCCAGCAACGUUACGCUGAUGGCUCGCGUCUUGUAGCCGGGUGUAUUCCGUUUAGGUAUCUAAACUCUGAAUCUGGGAAAGUGGUUCAUGUUUUGAUGAUCAGCUCAUCUAGUGGACCUGGACUUUUGUUUCCCAAGGGAGGGUGGGAGAAUGAUGAGACAGUCAGGGAGGCUGCUGUGAGGGAAGCAGUGGAAGAAGCAGGCGUCCGUGGGAUUUUAAUGGUUACUUUUUUGAAGGACUUCUUGGGAGAUUAUGAGUUCAAAAGCAAAACACACCAAGACGAGUGUAGCCCAGAAGGUUUAUGUAAAGCGGCAAUGUACGCCUUGUAUGUGAAGGAAGAGCUAGAGACGUGGCCGGAACAGAAGACUAGAACAAGGACAUGGCUGACGAUCGAAGAAGCUGUAGAGAAUUGCAGGCACGCGUGGAUGAAGGAUGCAUUGGUUGAAGGGUUCUGUAAAUGGCUUAAGGAGAAGAUGAGCAAAGGGGAGGAGAUAGCAGGUUAUGAUUGAUGUUAAGUGUGCAUAAAACUCUUAAGUCGGUUUCUUUCCUUUCGAUUUUGUUUUCUUACUCUUUUUAAUCAGUAUGCAUGGAGAAUCUUGAGACUGAAACAUACGAGUUUCAAAGUUUUAAAAGUUCAAUUAUUUUCCUGCUUAUCAUUUUUUAAUAAGAAAAGAAAGACAGCUAAUAACAA